GCGCGGUGGCGCCCCCGGCGCGGCUCCGGGGAGCCCUUUCUCUGCGCUGCCGCCAGGACCGCCCGCUCCUCCCAAGGGAAGAAGCGGUCGGUCCGGAUCAGCGUUGCGUCCACGUCCCUCCGUCUCUCUCCGCCACCUCGCCCCUACAAGCUCCAUUGUGUUGUGCGUUGAUCGGCGCCUCCAGCGCAGACCCGCACCCUCAGCAGAAGGACUCCUCGCGCCUCCUCGCCAUGGAGCUGUACGGAAAGAUGGCCUCCGCCCAAGACGCCAGGGCAGGCCAGAAGGAGUCCUCCGACCAGAACUUCGACUACAUGUUCAAACUGCUCAUCAUCGGCAACAGCAGCGUGGGCAAAACCUCCUUCCUGUUCCGCUACGCGGACGACUCUUUCACGUCCGCCUUCGUCAGCACCGUGGGGAUCGACUUCAAAGUCAAGACUGUGUUCAGAAACGAGAAGAGAAUCAAGCUUCAGAUUUGGGACACAGCGGGCCAGGAGAGGUACCGCACCAUCACCACCGCCUACUACCGAGGGGCCAUGGGCUUCGUCCUGAUGUACGACGUGACAAACGAGGGCUCCUUCACCGCCGUGCAGGACUGGUCAACUCAGAUCAAGACCUACUCUUGGGAUAACGCCCAGGUCAUCCUGGUGGGAAACAAAUGUGACAUGGAGGACGAGCGCGUCAUCUCGACGGAGAGAGGACAGCGCUUGGGAGAGCAGCUCGGGUUUGAGUUCUUCGAAACGAGUGCCAAGGACAACAUCAACGUCAAGCAGACCUUUGAGCGCCUGGUGGACAUCAUCUGCGACAAGAUGUCGGAGAGUCUGGAGACCGAUCCGGCUGUCGCUGCCGCCAAGCCGAGCGCGAGGCUCCAGGAAAGCCCGCCGCCGCCGCCACAGCCCGGCUGUGGCUGUUAACGCCGCACACAGGCAGCUGCGCGGGCGGCGGCGCUUGGGGCAGGUGUAUCGGCCGCCGUGUAGCUGCCCGAGGGCCGCUUGCAGGAGUCGCUGGUGCCCGGCUAGGACGUGUGCAGAGUUCCUGGGAGGCCCCCGGUGCUGAUAGGUGGCGAACACGUGAUCUUAAAUUCCUAGACUCUCCAUCCACAAACACCUGGUACUUGCAUGUGGUUUGUUAUUUGUCUUCUCGGGUCUUUACGUUUCAGAUUUCUUCUCAGAUUAAGCUACUGCUGGGGCCUCAGGUGUAAUAAGUUCACUCCUCUGACUGGUGCGGAGGGCUGGGCUGACGCUGGUCACUGGACAGAUGACGGCAGAGGAGUCGCUUCAGUUAGGAGGGGACAGGGGGAGAUCUCAGGGGAUCUGAUGUGUGUUACUCUGAAUUGAAAACCAAGUGGAUACAUGACUCACGUUUUCUGAGUAAUCACCGCUCUCUGGCCGGUUUGCCGUGUAGGAAGUGUGUCCGUUUCUCAUUGUCAGUAACAACAGGGAGACCGUUGACUGUAAAAAGACUAAAAUAUUGAGUUCAAGGUUCUUUCAAGUUUCCUAAGAGAGUCCAUCGCCUGACUGGAGCUCGGUGUGAACGGAAAUCUCAGUUGAGAGGUUCAGACGAGGAACCCCACAGGGCUGCUCCGUCCACGGAGGCCUCCGGCCGCUACACGCUGUGCCACGGGCGUUUAGGGCAACGGUGGCAUGAGCAGCCGUGGAGUGCUGGCACGCGAGGUCCCCCGUCACCUUACUAGCUAGCCCCCCAUAACGCGCACCACUCCCCAUAAUGUGCACGGGUCCCCAGCCUCGGGGGGGUGGGGCAGGAGCUGGUCCGAGCCCUUUGGCCGCAGUUCACAGGCUGCUCCCCAACCGGCCACCUUGGGCCUGCACCUGGCCGAGCUUUUACCCAAAUGCAAGCUAUUCGAGCAGUGCCUCAGUGGCUCCCGGGUCCUCAUGUAUCUUCCCCAGUCCAGCUGUCCCCAGCUCUAUCUCGGGUCCCCGUGUGCAGCUUUGACACGCACUUCGGUUACGCAGAGACUCCAGAGCGGAGCCAGUGCCCCCUUGCAGGGCGCCACGGACCACCUGGGCAGAGGAGGAGGUGAGCCGUGCCAACGCCACGCCUUUGCCCAGACUCCCUGCAGCCCCGUGUGAGAGGCAGGAGGACUCUGUGUGGCCUUCUGAUGGCACCGGACGAAACCCGCCGGCUGUCACCACCCAGCACUGGGGACAGAGGAGCCACGGCAAGGCGGCCAGCAGAUUAAGAGGACUGUCACUUUAGGUGGACUUACCCGCUUCUUGAGUGCUUGCGUUAAAGAUAUUUCUCAGCUUUUCAAAAAUAGAGACUCUUCCCAUGAGAGUAAGUAUUGGUGCGAGUUUAUUAAACAGGGAUGUGGGCAGGGAAACGUAAGUGUGGAAGGAGAUUUGGGGGGCCAAUCGCCUGCAAAGCCGGGCAGUGGGUCAUGUGCACUGUUAGUGAGUCAUCCAGUGAGAACACAGGGAACAGCCUCUGGAUGUUCUGAGCACGGCCUGUGCUGCCUCCUGCUUUUAGCCUAAGAUACACAUUAUUGGUAAUAAAUUUCUACUUCAGCAACCCCCAAGGCAGGCCUUUGCUUAAUGAAGACAAGAAAACAUUAAUGCUGUGUUAGAUCUUAAUGGGCAACCAGCUUCAAAAGUCACAGGGAUUCCAGGUGAAGGAAAGAGAGAGGGCGGGGCAUCCGAGCUGGUCUGGGGCCCCGCUGCAUCUCUAAGCCCCAGGCGGGGCCACGGCCGUUCAGCGGUGCUCACACUUGGACUCACCGCAGGGAAGUGUGGGCGGAAGCCUCUGCCACUCACGGUCUGCGCUCAUGGAGGACGGGCUGUGCUGGGGACUGCAAAACAAGACAAGAAAGGCCAGGAAAGUGGAGGAGAGGGCGGAGCUUCCGCCUCUAGGAAUCCUUGCCCCUGAUGAACUGACAGCUAUGGAACCAGCCGGCCCAGGACCAGAGGAGCGAAGGCAAGUGCUCGUGGCCCGCGAUGAACCCGCCAGGCCGGGAGGGUGACUAGACGAUGAGCUGCCCGGGAUCCUCCCCCAGGAACAUUCGGUGAACCCCACUUUCCCAACCUGCAUGGAAACCAGCCAGGCGCCCGUCGUGGUGUGAGUGUCCUCGGUGGUGAGUUCGCAGAGAGGACGCCUCCGACCUGGAGCGAGUGCACACCUGGGUUCCUUCUGCAGGGCGGGUGGGGCGAGAGGGCGACCUCUGUGCCCCGCGUCAUCGAGAGGUCCUGGUUAAAGUCAAAUCUGACAAAAGAGGAACCAGCCUGGGGUCAAGUAAGCUUCUCUUUAUUGGCAUCAGGUCACAUUCGUUAUAAGUUACAGCACAGUAGUUCCGAGGGUCUUCAGACAUUUGGCCAAUGCAGCACGCCCGCGUGCACACUGAGUGUGCACACACGACACCUGUGUUCGCUCCGCCCGCCCACAGCUCGUUUGUACUAAUGGCCUAACUAAACGUGUGUCCAAAAGCUUGAGACAUCUGAAAAUAUCUGCCUGUUAGUUUGUACAAUUAGACAUCCAUCUUUUCUCUGAUGUAAUUCAAGUAGUGUUUCAAGUGAACUUCUCUUUCUCUUGCCCCCGAUCACCUCACGGGCCCCCAGUUACUUUCAGGAAUAAACCUUGAUUGUUUUGAGUAAAUACUUCCAAGAAAUUUGCUACAUUUCUUUUGUCUCUAAUGUAAUUGACGAAUUGGACUGGAAGUGGUUUUCAAACCGUCGUCCGCAGAUCGGAUCUGCACUUCAGCCUUUCGGAUGUGAACGGAUGUGCUGGGAGGUGCACGGCUUCCUACAACCUGCCAAGGGUGCAUCCGCCGGCUGGCACCAGCCCGGGCUCCUGAGCAGAGUUGCAGUGGAGCAGUGCGUUAGCCCAUUGCUGCCGCCGCCACCAAAGAGCUUCUGUGGCCUUGGGGAGCUCCUGACGGUCCUGAGUUCCUGCUUAGCUUCCCUUCAGCCCACGUCCCCUCGCUGCCUGGAAAGUAAGAGCCAAGCUUUGCAUUUGGCCAGGGAAGGGUUACCACGCUUCAGUCGCAGCAGAAGGGCGAGCCCUGCGACCGUAAGUGCGCAGCAUGAGUUCUACAGAAUCACAGCCCGGGGUGUACGCACGAGACAGCUGCACACUCAGCAAACACGGACUCAGCGACUCCCAUCCAGAUGUGCCGCAGCUCUUGUGUUCAACACAGUCAUUCUGUCUCAGGAACCAGUUCAAAUUCCAGUUGUCACUGCACGGAUGCUGAGAACAGACUUUCAGGGACACAAUGUAGCACAGCCCACGGUAGCUGCACGUUCCCGAAGCAGCGUUGGCGGUGGAGCAUCCCGGCCAACGGAUCCGGCGAUCCGUGGCUCCUGCGGACACACUGUCCCACGUGUGUCUGGCUGCCACCCAUCUGUCAGCCCCUGGUGGCAUCCGUGGGACUGUUUGAAACCGUUUCCAGACUCUUCCCAUCCCUCUCAGGCCUGAGGUAGUUGCUACAUGAGAAAGCCAGAGAACUCUUAGUUUACAGUAAUGAUUAAAACCUUCCUGGACCGAAAAGCCUGUGUCACAGUCUUUGCAGAGCAUCGUGGUGCUCAGUCGGCUACUGCGGCUGCGACGUGUCGGGAGGGGACCCGUCUCUCUCUCUGCGUCAGAGUGUGCGUCGCGGCACCUCGGGCUCUGUGCUCCCUGUGUGUGUCCUUGGUGUGCAAGGUCGGGGCCACACGGGCAGCCAGACCGUGUGGCCUCCUGAGAGUCACAGCUCUGUGCUUCUGUCUGCCCGUAUGUGACAGUUUACCAGCAAAGGGGGAAAGUCUUGUUGAUGAGCCAAACAAUUGGGAUCAGCUUUCUAAAGUCUUUUGUGUUUUAGGUGAAUUUUGACCAAAGUCAGUUACAGAGAUAAACCUCUUUUAUGUUCUGGAAUGAAUAUGAAACAAAUUGGGCAAAAGAUGAAGUUUAUGGUCAGAAAACAAAGAAGCGCCUUUAUCCCUGUAGUGCACUUAGAGGCUCCGGAUUCCAGAAAUUCGGUUUCCCGAAGGGGCCGACACAGACUGGGGAGUUCAACUGACAUUUAUCGACCAGGUCUUCCUGAUAUUGCAUAAAUAAGUGUAGUUUUUCCAAAAACCUUCACAGAAAUUCUUGACACUCCAGUCAAACAGUAUUUCCCUUUGGGAGAUUAGAAUAUUUACGUGUGGGUCCCCAGCAGUGUUGCCCCUCCCAGCACACACACACACACACACACACGCGCGCGCGCACACACGCACACGCCUCUGUGACGGGAAUGUCGCGAUGACGCGUCCUCGCUGCUGGGAGACGGGAGCUCUGUUCCGCCUGUAACUCACGUUUGUCUACAAAGUUCUGUGACAUAGAUUUGCCACACUGAUCUGUGUGUAUGCAAUCAUAAUUAAUUCCCAUUAAAAAGAGGAUAGAGUGAAAAUAAAUUUUUCAAAAGAGUCUGGAUAGCCCUGGCUGGUGUGGCUCAGUGGACUGAGCUUGGGCUGCAAAUCAGGGGUCGCUGGUUCGAUUCCCAGUCGGGACACGUGCCUGGAUUGCGGGCCAGGUCCCCAGUGGGGGCCACAUGAGAGGCAACCACACACUGAUGUUUCUCUCCCUGUCUUUCGCCCUCCCUUCCCCUCUCUGAAAAUAAAUAAACAAAAUCUUUUUUAAAAAAUCUAGAUGAAAGAUCCUUUGCCAGAACUCAAGUGUUCAGACCAGACCGUCCAUCUGUUGGACGACUUAGACUUUCCACUGGCUGCUCUUUUGCUGCCUCCUGACUUUUCCCCGGUCAGUGUUUUGGAGCACGGCCCUCGCGGAGCCACAGAGCCCCGGGCAGGACAGGACGCUGAGCUUCGCCGUCUACCUCCUACCAAUGCUCGUUCCGGUGGCGUUUCGACUGGACGCCGCCUGCAGGAAGGAGGUGGGGCGUCACCUGUGUGUCACCUGUGUGUCACCUGUGCGUCACCUGUGUUUACGCUUUCCUUCCGCCUGGACAACUGAGAGUUGCUGUGGCUCUAUUUCUACAUGAAAAUAUUUCCACACUCCUGUUUUUGGUGGCCAUAGGUGGCUUCGGUUCACGGACGCCAUUCUCAAUGACACAGACAGCAGUGAGCCGCGCAGACGCCUGGCCUUUCAGGGAAGCGAGUGUGGCCGCGUCCGCCUGGUGGCCCCACGCGUGUGGUGGCGUGGCGAGGUCCGGGGCUGCUGCGGCGGCGGGAUGGACGGCACACGUCGCCGCAUUGUCCCCAGGGUGUGUGGCAGCAGGAGCAUUGCUCGUAGCUCCCGUUGAUAUGUUGUUGACGUCAGACGUGAUGUGAUGCCGUUGGACUGUCCAAGUGUACAACUACUUAAUGGUGUUUGUGGAACCGAAACGUCUUAAAUGUUGCAUGAAAUACGUUAUGAAAUAGAUUUUUCUAUUUUCGACACCUCAGAAUUGAGGGUUCAUGGGCCAAUAUGUGCAAUAUUUAACGACUUACUCGGUGUAUAUAACUAGUGGAAGUGAAUCCUGAUGAGUGUGUGCGGUGCUCUGGCCGGCGCGCGGCUCGCGCAGAUGAUUGCCCGUAGCUGUAUUUGUCUAGUGCUGCAGUUUAUAGAGUAAACGGCUUGUUGGUGUCACGUGAGACUCUUCUGUGCCUACUGCAAAGUGAUUUACUCCCUAUAAGACCAGACAUUUAGUACCUGCAAACGUACGUCAAUUUUACGCUUUAGAAUUGUGGAUUUUGUUUUCAAGAAGGGAUGGUUGUUGGUUUUUUAUGUAGGAAUUUUCUUGUUUAAUUCAGAAGUCUCUUUUAGCCUCUCUUAAGAGGCUAAUUUACAUACCUAAGAAGAUAUAUGCACAUAAGAAAAAGUCAUGUUUAUUCUCAGAAAUGUUGCUCACAUGUUCUGUCUACUAGGAACUUAGACUUUUGUAUUUCUAUGUAUACUUUAUUGUGACUUGACCUUGUAUUUUGUUCACAAAUGUAACAUUGUCAACCCUGAAAACCCUAAAAUAUUUAUGUCCUUUUAGCUUGUAGCUAGUGUUGUAGUCACAUCAAUUCUCAGUUGUCCCUACCAGUGAUGUAAGAGAAAGGGAAGUGGAACCCCCUCCCCACAAGGGCCGGUCAGCACAGUCACACACUCGCUCUCCAGCCUCCCUGGUCGUCCCUCCCUCAGUGGCCUAGGACUUCACUGAGAUGCAAAAGCAAGAAAUCCGGUGUGGCUCCCGGGUUACCAAAACCGCAGUCAUUCACGUGUGUGAAGUUCAAAGUAGGUCAGCUACCUUGAACUCCUCUUAGCAUUUCAGUCUUUGCGGCGAAGCGUUCAUCUCGACGGCGUGCUUUGCCUCUUCACAUACUGAGUGCGGAAACCAGGGUCCCUUUGGAAGAGUUAGGACUCACUCGCUCAGAGUGGAGGUGGCUGCCUGCACAUAGCACGAGCCCUGCUGUUCCCUCUGCCACACUUGCCUGAAGUGGAUGUGUGAGCGUGUGCCAGACGUGCUGAAGGGUUUGGGCUCCUGCUGGGGACACGUGGGCCAGUUUUGGACGAAAGCCUGAAAUUCGUACUCAGCUCAUCAAGCCACUGAAGGACUGAAGUGUUUAGUGCGGCUUUGUGCCAAAUUUAAAAAAAAUGUCAACAGGUAGCCAACGUGAGAAUAAUAAUUCAAGAGUGUUUUACUGUUUAGUCAGACGUCACACGGUGGCUGAAUACCAUGUGCUUCGUGCUCAGGUCAACGACGGAAGAUGGACAGGCCGGGCACCAUCGGAAUGCGGAGGCGGGGCAGGGCGCGGGCCUCAGGGAACAGAGGGCCUGUGAGAGUCGCAGGCGUCCAGAGUGACUCCGUCGAACAGGUCGGCCAUGAUCCCAGAAGGAGCUCCCUGCGAGGGGACUGUGUCCAGCAAACGAGUGGGACGGUCACAGCGCGCUCUCGUGAGCAGAGGGACGACAGAGCCCGCAGCCGUGCAGCAGCCGUCCUCCAGCGCCAAACUGGCCCCUGAGAGCCAUCCAGCCGCCGCGUUUCUUUCUCUUCUUGUCCCCACGAGGACGAUGAGCAGCAGCGUCGUCAUAUUUGCCGAGCAGCCCCAAGACAUGGCCACCAAACACAAAUUGCUUCAAAGCCGUGUUGGAAAAGUCAACAUGCACGUUUCUCCCACGCACCAAACCGCGAGGCAUCGCUCUGUCCGAAGCCUCGCAGGCAGAUGUGCGCCGCAGGUGUUCCACGUUUCCCGUAAGUGUGCUGGGAUGUGGGCGGAUGGAGGCCGCCCUUUGUCACCGGGCACUGUGGGCUCCUCUUGAGACAGUACUGAGUAACAACAGCCUCACGCUUUCAUGUAGUGGUCAUGACAUUUGGUUGAAGUACUGCACAGCAAAUACUGUGACUCCUCUUGUGUCCACAGGCGCUCUUGUCUUAGUUUAAAGCUAUAAAGUGUAUUCACAUUGUGAAGUUUUAAUUCUCCUUCUUGAAAUUAAUUGUGUAAAAAUAGUAUGUGCUCUAUUAGGUAUUAAAUCUGUAUGUGGAUUCUGUAUAGAAAGUGGUUUUUGUUC